GCACCACGGGCCCCAGUGCCACAAAAACCUGACCUUCCACCGAGACAAGCUGGAAGCGAUAAGGCUUAAGUCGAACUCGGAGGAGACUUAAAAAUAUAUUAAGUAAUCGCGGUUCCGCGGAAAGUGGGUAAAUACGCUCGGCAAAAGAUCAUAUCUGGCUGGAAAAGAUCCAUGGUUGCUUGACGAGUCGACAUUCACCGAUCAGCUCGUGAGUAGCGAAGACGCGAGUGCUAAGCGCGGACUUUGAUUCCAGUUGACGUCAAGAAGGAUCAUUCUUGUGCGAUACAGUGAUGGCUUUCCUUAAGAGCAUCUGGAAGACCAACGGGAAGCACCACAAACUAUCCGAAGAACUCGCCCUCCAAAACGCCAAAGAAACCGAGCCAGAACCCACCGAAAUCGAGACCGAAAACGACGUCAUCACCUUCAAACUAAAAUAUUUAGGCAACACCGUAGUGGAGAAAAUCUCCAGCGACAACAUAAACACCGAAGCCGUUAAAAACAUAAUAAAAGUAACCAAAGCCGGCCGGAAGAAACUCCAGAGGGUCAAUAUCGCGAUCUCCCUCAAAGGAAUCGCCGUUACGGACCUGGAAGGAAACGACGUACUAAAAAUAUCCAUAUACAGAAUCUCCAACUGCUCCACCGACCCCACCCACCGCCAAGUCUUCUCUUUCAUCUCCACCGACCCCACCGAAACCAUGGAAUGCCACGCUUUCAUCUGCUCGAAAAGAAAAAUGGCGGAAACUGUGACCUUGGCGGUGGCCCAUGCCUUCGGGACCGCGUACGAGGCGUGGCGGAUUUUGCCCUCGACCAAAGAGUUCGAAAAAACGGUGACGAAAGAGAACGAAAAGAACAACUUGAAUGAGGAAGAGAAAACCGAAAAGGACAUAGUCGAGGAGAAACUGAUUGAUUUUGACGACGAGCCGCUGACGGAAAAUCAAUCGGUGGCUUUUGGCAAACCGCCAUGUCAGGAAAAUCUGAACAACCAUUGGGUGUGUUUCGACGACGAUUUUGUGAGCGAAGCUCGAAACGCCUUCAAAAAUGAUUUAAUUAUGGCUUAGGAGAGUCUUGUACAUAGCGCGCUGUAUCUAUAUUAUAUAACCGAUAACGUAAGAUCUAGAUUAGUUCGUUAGUUAGUUUAUGUUAAUUGUAAAUUAUUCCUAUUCGUAAGCCAAAAAUUGUGUUUCACAGUCACCUUCGAGCUCAAAUUCCUUGAAUCCUUGACACUCCAAACGAGCAUAUUUUACUAGUUGUUUUUAUAAGUUACAUAAAUCUCGAAAAAUC